AUGAUACAAGUCAUGCAUGGAGAACAAUUGAAAGGAAUCAAAAAGCGUCAUACUAUUUGCAUGGCUUCUGAUUUUUUCUAUCCGAAUACUGGUGGAGUCGAAGAACACAUUUUCAAUUUAUCACAAUGUUUGAUCAAAAGGGGUCAUAAAGUAGUCGUUAUCACGCAUUCUUAUGGGAAAAGAGUCGGUAUCAGAUACUUAACAGGUGGUCUCAAAGUUUACUAUUUACCUAUAACUGUUAUGUAUGCACAAUGUGUUUUACCUACAAUGAUUUGCAAUAUAGCGUUGAUAAGGUACAUUCUUAUAAGAGAGUGUAUACAGAUCGUCCAUGCUCAUUCAGCAUUCAGUGUCAUGGGGCAUGAAGUGUGCAUAAUAGGGAAGUUAAUGGGUCUCAAAUCAGUGUUUACUGACCAUAGUCUUUUUGGUUUCGCUGAUACAUCUGCUGUGUUGACUAAUAAGUAUCUACAAAUGUGUUUAUGUGAAAUAGACCACUGCAUAUGUGUGUCUCAUACUGGAAAAGAAAAUACAGUUUUAAGAGCUAAAGUGAAAGCUCACAAAGUGUCUGUGAUUCCGAAUGCAGUAGAUGCAUAUAGCUUUACACCAGACCCUAGCCAAAGAAACCCACAUGUUAUAACUAUAGUAAUUGUUUCAAGAUUGGUGUAUAGAAAGGGUGUAGAUUUAAUGGCUUCUGUGAUUGCUGAUAUGUGCCCGAGAUACCCCAAUUUAAGAUUUUUAGUAGGUGGUGAUGGACCCAAAAUGUGGCUUUUACAGGAAGUGAGGGAGAAAGGAUUCCAAGACUGUGUUACACUAUUAGGAAGUUUACCACAUUCAGAAGUCAGAGAUGUGUUAGUAAAAGGAGAUAUUUUCUUGAACACUUCUUUGACUGAAGCUUACUGCAUGGCUAUAGUUGAAGCCGCCUCUUGUGGUUUAAAAGUGGUUUCUACUAAGGUAGGAGGUAUACCUGAAGUAUUACCAGAAAAUAUGAUAUAUUUAACAGAACCUAAUGUCAACAGCUUGGUACAAGGGAUUGAGAUGGCAAUGAAAGACUUAAAGAAUGGUAAUAUGUUGUGCCCAUAUGAAUGCAACAGAAUGGUCAGGAAAAUGUACAACUGGAUAGACAUAUCGAGAAGAACAGAGCUAGUGUAUGACAGGAUAUCUGUAAAUAAAAGCAAGUCACUAGGUCAACAACUUCGAAGUUAUUUGACAAGUGGUGUGUGGCCAUUCCUUUUAGUGAUAAGUUUAAUGUAUUUGUUAUUACAAUUUGUUGAAAAAAUAUACAAAAGGAAAAAUAUUGAUAUAGCUAAAGAUUUAAAAUUAUAA